AACAGAAUUGUAGACUGUAACCAUGUUAUACAUAUUUUUGUUGGUGUUGUUAAUGGUUAACAAUUGUUGGUGUGUGGAUCAUACCUACCAUGUGAAAGAGAACAAUGAUAUACACAGCUUUAUUGGAGAUAUUGUCACUGAUACACACCUAUUGGAUACUGUACCAUCUCUUGACGAUAACAGCAAACUGACAUUUAAUGUUGUUCAGGGAAGUACAGAUGGAGCAGCUCCGUUAUUUAAUGUUACACAGGGAGGACACUUGUACACUGCUGCCAUAUUGGAUGCAGAAAUUCUGUGUCAAUAUAAUGUGGAAUGUUUCAGAAUAUUAGAAAUAACUGUUCAACAUGGCUAUUCUGUUAUUAAGAUAUUAAAACUCAAAGUUAUAAUAGAAGAUGUCAAUGAUAAUUCUCCCAAGUUUCCAAAAAAGGAAUUUCAUUUAAAAUUUGAGGAAAAUGAUUUAAUAGGAAAAAAGUAUAUAAUUCCAAAUGCCAUUGAUAAUGAUGUCAGUAUUCAGAAUUCCAGAAUCACUUAUGGGAUUGAAGAUUUAAAUACUCCUUUUAAAUUGAUUGUUUCUAAAUAUUUGGAUGGAUCUGAUCUAUUGCAACUCAAUCUAGAAAACGUCUUAGAUCGUGAGACAAAAAGCAAUUAUGAAAUUCAGUUAAAUGCCAGAGAUAAUGGAUCACCACAGAAAAAAGGUGUACUUCGUAUUAAAAUAUUAGUGAAGGAUAUAAAUGACAAUAAACCUUUGUUCUCUCAGAAGAAUUAUAAUGUCACUGUAAAUGACACACACCAGUUAAACAAACCGAUUGCAAAGCUGUCAGCCACAGAUUUAGAUGAAGGAGAAAAUGGAUUAAUAUCUUAUUUUUUCAAUGCCAUAACAUCAAAAUAUACUGAACAGUUUUUCAGAUUAGAUGAAGUAACUGGAUAUUUGUUUCUGAAGAAAGAAUUUCAAUUUGGAAGGAUAUAUAAAUUGUAUGUUGAAGCUAGGGAUAAUGGUAACCCUCCAAUGUCCUCAGCUGCCAUUGUUCUGGUAAAUGGUGUCACUCAUUUGAAUAAUCCACCAAACAUUGACUUCAAAUUUUUGUUAAGUCAACUGGAAAAACAGCUGUCAUCUCUGAAGGAACACAAAUUCACAGUUUUGUUGCUUUUGUGAAUGUCAUUGACAAUGACAAUGGAGAAAAUGGACAAGUGAAGUGCCAUUUACAAAAUAGAUAUCUUCAGCUUAUCUCAGAGUCUGAAAAGAAAUACAAAGUUGUUGUCAAGAGUGAAAUAGAUAGAGAGAGUGAGAAGAGCUUUA